CGCCUUGCUUCACCUCGUGAUGCUGAAAUCCGGACCCGUCUGCCUUCACAAAUUGAACAGGACCCAAAGUCUACUCUGCAGACAUUGACUACUGAGUGUCAGCGGCUCAAGAAUCUCCAGCAUGAUUCUGCCAUCGUGGAGCAACCCAGUUCCUCGUUUGCCGCCACCAGCGUUCAGGCUGUGACCCACGCGAAGUCAGUGUCUCCACGCAAGCCCGAAGACCCCACAUCCAGAAAGCCACAAUCAAAAUGCUGGCAAUGUUGACGCACAUUUGUUAGAAAUGCCACAAGCGAGGUCAUAAGGAAAACCACCGUCGUCGUCAGGUCAACCACCCAAAUCAAGGGCAAGCGACAGGAAGACGAGAAGUUCCAAAUGCCCUUCAUCACUGAUUUUGAGGCACGGAGGAAAUACCUUACGGUUUCCAUCAAUGGCAAACCUGUACGCCUCCAGCUGGACACGGCAUCAGACAUUAGUCUCAUCUCCAAGCGCACAUGGCAGAGGAUUGGACGGCCUCGGAUGACCAUAUCGGACAAAAAGGCCAUGAAUGUUUCUGGCGGAUUUCUCCGGCUCACGGGUGAGCUUGAUUGUGACGUUUCCUUUGAGAGCACUCAAUUCAAGGGAACAUGCUACCUUACCAACCAUCGGAAGCUUGACUUGAAUGACCUUGACUGGAUCGAGAAGCUCGGUCUCUUAGACUUGCCACUUAACCGCUUUUGCAAUGGUGUGCAGUCAGCUUGGCCCAGUCCCGCCAAAUCAAAUCAGGUGACAACAAAUCUGAUGUCAACGCCUUCACCUCAUGCCAAAGUGCCUAAGAAGAAGGAGGAGGAUCCAGGACAGAAAGCGCCAGCAUCGUUCGUGCCCCGUCAAACACCUGGUCAUUCAACUCGCAGUGGCGCGCGAAAAAGACGUGGUGCCUCAACAAAGUCUCCAUCCUCCUUUCCCACGACUGCCGCCGACUCCCUAGACCUCUCCACGAGGAACCCCAGGGUCAAAAAGGCAUGA